AUGGAAGUCGAUGAAGAAUCCAAGAUGGAAGCGACAACAGAACCAGUCAUUGUCGUGCCCAUGGACGUCGAUGCCCAGACAAUUCAAGAGUCGGCAGAUGUAGCCAAGACCACAAAGAGAAAGAUCCAGGAUGACGAGGACGAUUUCAAUGCUGAUGAUCUGUUUAAAGAAGAUAAUAAUCGCAGCAAUGUCAAGCUUGGUGGAAUGGCUGGAGAGGCAAUAAAAUCACUGGAUGCUGGAUUCUCUACACUGAUCAAGAUCUUUUAUCAACGAGUGUUUCCAGUAACUGAAUUCUACAAGUGGUUGAGUUACGGAAAUGUGCAAAAGAACUACUUUCCAAAUCGUGAAAUCAGUUUUGCAUUUGAGAAUGAUGUCGUUGUUCGACACUUGUCUUAUGCAGAUGCUGCUGAAUUCAAGACUGAUCUCGUCAAAAACAGUCCAGCCAAAAUUGAUAUUGGUCCUGUCUACAAUAUGCGGCCCAAAGACAAGAAGACUGUUCGCAACAAUGCAUUCCACGCGCUUGAACGUGAACUGGUGUUUGAUAUUGAUAUGACAGAUUACGACGACAUUCGUAUUUGUUGCAAGGGAGCCGAUAUCUGUCACAAGUGCUGGGACUUUAUGACGAUAUCCAUCAAGAUCAUUGAUCGCGCCAUUAGAGAGGACUUUGGGUUCAAGCAUCGAAUAUGGGUAUACUCUGGUCGUCGUGGUGUCCAUUGCUGGAUUUGUGAUGAACGAGCUCGAAAGUUGAAUGCAGAAUUACGAACUGCCAUUGUCAAACAUAUUGAAGUGAUUAAAGGUGGAGAGCAAAUGAUCAAGAAGGUGAAUCUAGGGUUUGGUCCAUUGCAUCCAACUUUGGUACCAGCCAUGAGAAUCUUGGAAGAAUACUUCCCAAAGACAUGUCUCGUCAACCAAGACAUUCUUGGCACACAAGAGAGUUGGAACAAGAUUCUCAAAAUGACGAACGAUGAAGACAUGCGACGAGAGUUGGACGAACUUUGGCUCAAACAUCCAAAGCUUACCAGUAAACAGAAAUGGGAACAAUUGUUGGAUGAAUACGAGAAACGAAAGGGCAGGAAGAUUGCAAGCGCUUUCAGACGUGAUGUCAUGUUUCAAUACUUGUAUCCACGUCUGGAUGACAAGGUAUCAACUGGUGUUAAUCACUUGCUUAAGAGUCCUUUCUGUGUACAUCCCAAAACAGGACGUGUCUGUGUACCCAUCAUACCUGAAGAAUGUGAAUCAUUUGAUCCUCUCACAGUGCCAACUCUACAAACAUUGGUAGAAGAAUUGAAUUCUGGUGGCCCUGAUGGUCGACCCAGUGUUCCACCAUCAUUUGCUCCACAUCUCGCACACUUCAAAACCUUUAUCAAAGGAAUGGAAGAUGAGAUUCGUGCCUCGUUGAGAGCUAAACGUGUUGAUGAGGACAAGAAGCUUCAGUUCUAG